CGUAAGAGGCAAAUCCUCCUCAUUAUGAGCAAAGGCGUAAGAUUCACUUACUACUAAGUCUUGCAGACGAAUGUGUCUGAGCUCACUGAGAUAGUGAAGCAGGCUCUGUGUAAGGGUAGCACCAGGAAUGCACGAUACCAUCCAACGCACAACGCAUAACGCAUAACAUACACAGGCAUCUGACCGGCCAAUAUAUUAUCGACACGUAGACCAUCUCUGCCCUGCCGCCGCAUACCAUUUUGAGCAACUCCUAGGAUGCUUUGCUGCCAUGCUCCCGGGCUCCCACCCGCUUUCGGCCGUGCCUCAUUUGCAAAAGAAUGACAUCUACGCGAUUGCGCGAUCCUGUAGAUUUUCCCCCAGGAACGCGAUUCACAUCAAUAUACCAGGAGUGAUCUCUUUACUCAGAAAACAAUCAUGACGCAAAAGUCGCGGGACAAUGAUGCUAAAUCCCAACGCAGGAGCAAGCACACCAUCGCUCGGAGAACGACUUUGCCCAUGGAUCAGGGAGAGGACGUGGAAGUCCUAGAGUUUAGCUCCAGUGACAGAAAGAGCUCGAAAAUAGCAUCUAGACGUUCAUCGCUAUUGUCAUCAUCAUCUUCUGAAGGCAGCCAAGACGACCGACGCCGCCGCCAUUAUCAUCAGUCAAGACCAUAUUCACGUCAUGAUUCACAAAGAAAUCGUGACGACGAGGCCUCCGCCUCAACCACGGUGCCUUCGCCUCCUAGCCUCCAGCAAAGCGACUUUUUGACCGAAGAAGACGGCGUGGUAGUGAUCGUAUGUGGAGUUACUGGUGCAGGAAAAAGUACAUUUAUCUCUCUGCUCGCCGACCAGAGCGUCGAGGUGGGACAUACGCUGGAAUCGAAUACGACUAAGGUAGAGGUUUACAGUUUCAAAUGCAAAUCGCAGACAGUGUACAUAUUCGACACGCCCGGAUUUGACGACACCCGCCGGCCUGACGUCGAAAUCCUCAAGGACAUCGCCUUCUUCUUGGCACAGCUUCGCGCGCUAGGAGAAAAGAGGGUACGUCUCGCCGGAGCAGUCUACCUGCACCGCAUCACGGACCGGCGCAUGCAGGGAUCAGCAUUGAGGAACCUGCGCGUCUUUCAGGCUCUCGUCGGUCAGACCAACUUCGGGGCUGUAACGCUCGCCACGACCAUGUGGAGCAAAAUGGAUGAUCCAGCUACUAAUGCACGCCACGACGAACUGCAGAGCGGCAGUCAGUUCUGGGCAGGCAUGAUAAGCCGUGGAAGCCGAGUGGUCAAGCAUGACGGAUCCUGGGGAUCUGCGCUGGCGAUUAUAUCGGGACUCGUAGACCGUGUGGCUGACAGAGGAACGGUAUUUGAUAUCCAGCUCGAACUUCUGGAUAAAGGAUUGCCGCUGGCUGAUACGGCGGCGGGCAAGUGCGUUUUCGAGACGCUACGAGACGCUAAGAGAAAUAUGCUGAAGGACGUGGCUGCGUUGAGCGAGGAGAUCGAACAGGCGUUACUCGAGGAAGACGAGGAGACAGCACGCAAGUUGAAACAGGUCCUGCGCGAACUGGAAGACAAGGCGUCGCAGCAGGAAAAACACUGGGAAACCCUGUUAAGUACUGACAUGGACAAGCUCAUGGUAGAAAAGGGUCCACUAUAUCAGAAGCUUGCUGAAAAGAAUGUCCCAAAGCAGCGAGGACCGGAAGAACAAACUGAGCAGUCAGCAGCAACGAAGCGCAUCGCUGAGCUAGAGAAGGAACUGUGCGAGAGCAAGAGACAACGGGAGGUAGAAGGGAACAUAGCAAUCCUGCAACAACAAAUUCUGAGAAAGGAGCUGGACGAGCAGAAGGCUCAGAUCAAUCGUGAUAAUACUUACAACGAGAAUGUAAGAUGGCGGUUGGACAAAGAGCAAAGUCUCUCAAAUGUAGCCGACGAAGAAGAUUCGUCUUCACUAAGAUUACUGUGGCGUAUGGGCAUGCCCACAUCUCGGUAUGUUGUAAGGGAAACCACUAGAGCGCGUUAUACUCCCCCGUGAUAGAAGGAAUAGCAUAAUUAUAGCCCAAAUUAAUAGAGAGGAAAAACUAUAGGCUCGGUUUCAUAUAAUCCCCCGUAUAUCCUAUAUCAGACGAUUGAGGGGUUU